CACGUGGCGCGGGCCUUCCGCGGCGGGACGCAGUCUCCGCGCUCGCGGCGGCGUGAACCACCGUUAGCGUAACGGCGCAGAGCUCAGAUUCGCGUGACCCGCUCCGAGUAAUCAAACGCCUAUCUCCUUUUAACCGGCGACUGAAGUAGUUUAGUAGUCCUGAAGUUGCGGCGCAGACGCACAACCACGCCGGCCUUCCAGGCGGUAGGACGCGUCCACUCCCAUCGAUGUAGAUAAACUUGUUUACAUUCUUAACUUGCGGUUAACUCGGUGUCAACGAGCUUUGUGUUCGAGGAUAUGGGUGUAGUUAGUGUGAGAGCACAAGGGAACAUUCGUUUUUAGUUGUCGUAGUUUAUAUUAACUAUAUAUUAUUUACAAACUAGUCAGUAUACGGUUGUAGGCGUGGUGUUAAGUUGUGAUAAUAGGAAUACGGAGCGCAUAGUAUUAGGUGCUUUUUGUGAUCGUUAAUAUUAUAUGGUAAGGAACCUGGAUAAAAUAAUCAAAUCCUGUAGUUUCAGCCAUUUUAGUUAAAAUUAUUUAUGUAUCCGUUAGUCGCGUGCCAGUAAUAAAAGUCUGUAUAAAUAUAUUCCAUUCGAUUCAAAGGGGAUACAUAGGGUUCAGAUAUAAUUAAAACGUGGUCGAUAUCAAAAUUACGUGACGGGCUCUCUUGGUGGUGGUGCGCGAGUGAAGCGGCGGGAAGAUGUCGGGCGACUGGUGGUGCGCGGGCUGGGGCCGCUGGCAGGCGCGGCUGGCGCUGCUGCUGGCGCUGCCGGUGCUGCUCACCGGGCUCUACGGCACCAACUACGUGUUCCUGGCGGCUCACACGCCUUACAGAUGCCAUGUACCAGAAUGCGAGAACAGUUCGAUGGCGUCGCGGGUGGCGACUCCGGAGCAGUGGCAGCCGGCGUGGGCGGGCUGGGCCCUGCCCGAAGACGCGUGCACUCGCUUCAAGCCCACAGACUCGCUCUGCCAUGACGCGGCCUUCGACAACCAAACUACAGUCGUCUGCGAGGAGUUUGUCUACCAGACCGGCAGCAGUAUAGUUGCUGAGUUCGACUUGGCAUGUCAAGAAUGGAAGCGCUCCCUGGUGGGCACCAUUCACAACAUUGGCAUGUUAAUAUCCAUGCCUAUAAUGGGUUUCGUCUCAGAUAGAUGGGGACGCCGCGCAGCGUUGAUCGUCAGCGGCUGCGGCGCGGGAGUGCUGGGCCUGUGCAAGUCCUUCGUGACCUCGUACCCCGCGUAUCUCCUCUCGGAGCUACUAGAGACAGUUUUUGGAGCCAGCGUGUAUCCUGCUGCUUUUGUGCUAAUGAUCGAGUGGCUAGGCGUUGAGCAAAGGAUUCUGGCAAGCUUAGUGCUGGGCAUACCCUUGGCCAUGGGGGCCGCGACGCUGUCUCUCCUGGACUACCUGACCGGCUACUGGAGGACGUGGGCUCGGUUCGCUUAUCCCCCUUCAUUCCUGCUGCUGCUGUACCCGUGGUUGUUGCCCGAGAGCGUCCGAUGGCUGACCAUCCAGGGCCGACUCACCGAAGCCGUCCAAGUCAUCAAGAAGGCAGCAACUUGGAACAAGGUCAUCAUCCCCCAAGAAGGCAUCGAGAAGAUGCUGCUGAAUGAAGCGGAGCAGCUGAACAACAAGGCUGAGGUGGACAUUGAAGACGACAGCUUGUUCAGAGCGUUAAUAAAGUACCAGGCGCUGCGGCAGCGGCUGUGCGUGUGCUUCGUGUGGUGGGCGUCGGCGGUGUUCGUGUUUUACGGGCUGGCGGUGCACGCGCACGCGCUGUGGGGCUCGCCGCACGCCAACUACGCGCUGGUGGCGGCGGCCGAGCUGCCGGCGCUGCUGGCCAACACGCUGCUGCUGGACCGCGUGGGCCGCCGGCCGCUGCUCACCGGCGCCUUCUUCGUCACCGCCGCCGCGCUCAUCGCCAUCCCCUGCCUGCCUGACUCGAGCAGCGUGUGGGGCACGGCGCUGUACCUGGUGGGCAAGGUGGGCGCCACCAUGUCGCUGAACGCGCUGUACGUGUACACGGCCGAGCUGUUUCCCACGCGCGCGCGCCACCGCCUGCUGGCCGCCUGCUCCACCAUGGGCCGCGUCGGGGCCAUCCUGGCGCCGCUCACGCCGCUGCUGGCGGUGUACCGGUGGUGGCUGCCGACGGCGCUGUUCGGCUCGCUGCCGCUGCUGAGCGCGGCGCUGACGCGGCUGGUGCCCGACACGCUGCACCGCCGCCUGCCCGACUCCUUCGCCGACCUGGAGCCCGCCUCCUCCUCCUCCCCGCCCGCCACCCCCUCGCUCGUCGACACGCCGUGAUCUCUCUUCACCGCGGGAAAAUCUAACAGAUUUAGAAAUAAGUGUUUAACGUAUUCAAACCGAGAGGACCAUAGUGUAAUUGUAAUUUUAAUGUGAAGCUCUGAGUGCCUGGAAAUAUAUUCUAAGCAAAAUCGGUGCGGUGAGUCUUGUUGCAAACAGUAGUGUUUGCUAAUAUUAGAGUAGGCGUCUAACGUGCCUUUAGAUUAAGUUUUUAACACAAAGUACAAGAAAAAAGUACUAAGAUUA